AUGUUUAAGAGAAGAGAACAACUCACGCCAAUUUUUAACAAAAUGAGAAAUAACGAAUUACAAGCAAAGGAGAUUGAAAUUGACAGAAUGGUGGAUGAUGUCCUUACUGGAAAAGGAAUUAAAACAGAAAAAAACGAGAAUAAAAGUCAAGUUUGCUGCGAGAGGUACUCAUCAUUUAGUGUUUUUUUGGACGGAAAGAGGAGUUGUCAAUUUUGCGGAAAGUUGCUUUGCAAGAGUUGUUGUUCCACCAUAAAAAUCUCGAGUGAGAGAGAAGUUGCCGUUUGUAAAAUGUGUGGAACGGUGUUGGACAAAGUGAUGUGGCGAAAAAAAAUGAAAGAAGUGAAACCGAUUUCUCAGAUCCAAAAGACGUUUAACGAGGUAUACAAGAGUAAACAACAAAUCCAAUGUAUUCACACGUCUCUCCUAGAGAUUUCAAACGAGUAUAUAAUGCUCGAAAGUAACAACGAUGUCAUCAAUCCCUAUUUUAUAUGUAAAACGAAAGACCGGAUCUCAAAAUUUUUUGAGCUCAAAAGUUUUUUCGACAAAAAAAAAUUUCUCAAUUUUUCUCAAAAAGAAAAAACACGAGAUGAAGAAGAGAUGAUUAAAUCGGUGGAACGAUUGACGAAUGCUUUUUUCUUAGAGAUUGAAGAAAUGACAAGCAGUGUUUCUAUCUUACAAUCUUUUAUAGAAAAAUUCAAGGCAAUAAAACCCGAAAAUGACAUGCUCUGUAUUGACGGAACGAAAUGUGAUUUAAGGCGCGGAAAAAUAGAGGUAAUAGACGUGUUUAAUGAAACGUCGUGCGCCAACCUUAUCAAUUUAUAUGGUCAGACCGACGAAAUCUGUUCCGACAGCGACGAUAUUGUUGACGUCUCUGAUGAAGAGAUGAAUGAACGACUUGCAAGAGAAGAAGAAGAAACGACACAAAACAAAGAGAAGUUUUGGUUUGAAGUCUCUCCUCGUUUUUGUCGUUGUGGUGGACAACUUACACUCAGAGGAUCUUCAGAGGCUUUAGGAGAAAGUAGUAAAGUUUACAUCAACCAUGAAACUGUCAAACCAGAUAGAAAAGGCCGAGGGGUAAUGGUUGUGAGUAUACCAGAAGGUUUUGGCUUUGGGUGGUGCGAUGUGUUUGUAGUUAAGCGCCAGAAGACUUUUGAUUUUGGGAAUUGUGUCUUUCUUUCCAUGUGA